AUGAGUGGACUGGUUGGGUACAACAGCAGCAGUGACGAGGAUGAUGCAGUUGAACAACCUGUGCCUAGCACUGCUACGAGUAGUGCAAAAAUCGUGUCCAGCAGUUCGACUCAUAGCACAAACGGGCAUGGGCAUGAUCAUGGGCACCAUGCACCUCUUUUAAACAGUGACCCGCAGGGCAACUCUGAGGUCGAGGUCGGGCCCUUGGUUGGUCCCGCGAUGCCCACGACAACAGAUACCCAGCUAGAGCAAGACUCUUCCCGGGACCAACUUGACUCACUAUCCCAACGGGAUACUGUCCGCUAUCUGACACAGCCUUCUCACCCUAUGACUUCCAUACCACCAUCUCCACCUGGAUCACCAGACCCAGCGUUGAAUACGAAAUUCAAGCGAUUCCUGGAACUCAAAGCAAAGGGAGUCCAUUUCAACGAAGACCUCGGCAAGAAAUCGACAUUUCGAAAUCCAAGCUUUCUUGCCACUUUGAUGGAUCGGGCAGGGCUAGAGAGUGAUGAUCAGUAUAAGACUUCUCUUCCUCCAUCGAUAUGGGAUCCCUUAGACUUCCCGCCUCAUGCUUUCAGGGAAGAGUUAUUGCGUAGCCAGCAUGCACUUCGAGAGCAGCAACAGGCUGUUAAGAAAAGUCAAUCAGCAGCUGGAAAACGAUCUAUUGAAUUCACGUCAGGUGGUACAUCCGGCCACAACAGCAGGGAUUCAACACCAGGGCUACCGAGUAAGCGGAAACGAGGCUGA